AGGUUUGUGAAUAUAUCGUAACUGAAAAUUUAGACUAAUCAGGUUGUACUUCAUAGUUGCAUAAUAUCGGUGAAAUAAAUGCCAUGAUUUGAUUUUUAAAAACUUUCAAAUCGGAUAUGAUAUAUAUAUAUAUUGCGGAUAUGAUAUCAUUGGGUAAAUACUAAUAUGCAAUAUCUACACAGCCUGCAUUAAAGAAUAACCAGUUGGUUAUAAGUAGGUUAAAAACAGACUGCAGAGAUGGCGAAUACGGAGAGAGCCAAUGAGAUUGGAUUACAAUUCUCUAAGUUUUACUAUGAGAAUUUUCAAAACAAAUCUGUCAUCGCUACUUUAUACGUUGAUUCCAGCUGUUUAACGUUUGAAGGCCAAACAUUCGUGUCGAGGGAGAAAAUAAUGCAGAAACUUAAAGAACUUCCGUUUAAAACUGUUACUCAUGUUGUCAGCACAUGCGAUUCCCAAUACAUAUUCGGAGCUGAUGGAGAAGCAGUGUUAGUUACGGUGAAUGGGCAAAUGAAGACUGAUGAUGACGCUCCACAUGGUUUCAAUCAAACAUUUGUCCUCAGUGCAGUUGGAAGUUCAUACGCAAUAUCAAAUGAAAUAUUUCGACUUAGUUUACAUCAAGCGUAACUACGCGAAAAAUCAUUGCAAAAAGAUAUAUCCACCAGUAUUAUUUGCCCACUUAAUUAAACUUAUACAUAUAUCUAAAUGUCGAUUCUA